AUGGCCGACGCCCCGCCGUUCACGCUCGACGCUCCGCGCUACGACCAGUCGACUUACUAUGGCCGCUGGAAGCACUUUUCCGAGCUCGUCGCGCCCUCGUCGUUCUUCGUCUCGGACAAGACAAUCGACGCGUCCAAGGCCAUCAUCGACGGCUACAAGACCGGCGUCCUGCCCACGGGCGCAGUCACGAACGCCGAGCUCUGGGAUGCCCGUCGCAUUUGCGAGUCGGUGUUUCAUCCGCAGACCGGCGAGAAGCUGCCGCUGCUCUUCCGCAUGCCUGCCUUUGUGCCCGUGAACAUCCCGAUCUGCUCUGGCAUGGUGCUCGCGCCGCCCACGCUCUUCAACACGAUCUUUUGGCAAUGGAUCAACCAGAGCUACAACGCGGGUUUCAACUACGCCAACCGCAACGCUAGCGGCGUCGACGACACGACGGCCAUUGCGAAGGCGUAUGCGUCGGCCGUGCUCAUCUCGUGCGGUGCGUCCGUGGGUCUCGGCAAGGCGGUCGAGCAUGCGUCGUUCCUUGGCGCGUCGGCGCGCCUCGCCUUGUCGCGGACGGUGCCGUUUGUGGCGGUCGCGGCCGCCGGUGCUGGCAACGCUGUCUUCAUGCGCCUCAAGGAGCUCACGGAGGGCAUCGACGUCAUUGACGACGAAGGCGUCGCGCGUGGCCGGUCGCAGAACGCGGGCAAGCAGUCGUUGACGCAGGUCGCGAUGACGCGCGUCGCGUUGCCCAUGCCGAUCUUGCUCUUCCCGCCGUUCAUCCUCGAGGCCAUGAAGAAGGUCAACGCGCUGCCCAAGAACCGCAUCGGGCGUGUCGUGACCGAAAUCAGUGUGGUGACGUUGUGCAUCUGGGGCGCCUUUCCGGCUGCGAUUGCGCUCUUCCCGCAGUACGGCACGAUCGCUGCGACCGAGCUCGAGCCGCAGUACCAGCACUUGAUCAACUCCAAGGGCGAGCGCGUGACCCAUUUUACGUACAACAAGGGCAUCUAA